GCAACAUCAGCAGCAGCUCCCUCCACUACCACAGAGGCCUCUACACGCACAGCAGCAGGCGUGGCUGGCAGCAGCAGCAAGGGCAAACGAGGGGGCAGACGGGGGACCAAGAAGAGUGCUGCUGAGUCUGCUGCAGGGGGGCAGGAGGGGCCAGCAGUUGGGGCAGCAGCAGAAGAAGCAGGUGCAGCUCAACUGA